UACUUCAACCACGACAAGUGCGCAUGCGCGGGGUCGAGGGUUGACAGCCUCCUCACAAUCGUGGAAAGCGGUGCGGCAACGGCGGCUAAGCUAACCCUAGCAAAGACCUACAUGUGGAGGGUAAAACGGGAGGGCAUCCCCGACCCCAACUCUUGCCACAUCUCCCCGUCUCCGCCCGCUACGACGCCAAAAGUCGAGACCCGGUGAACAAUAGCAUCCGUUUUACGAUGAAAGGUAGCCGGAUCGAGCUGGGUGACGUGACGCCCCACAACAUCAAGCAGCUGAAGCGCCUCAACCAGGUCAUCUUCCCGGUCAGCUACAACGACAAGUUUUACAAGGACGUGCUCGAGGUGGGCGAGCUCGCGAAGCUCGCAUAUUUCAACGACAUCGCGGUCGGGGCCGUGUGCUGCCGAGUGGACCACUCUCAGAACCAAAAGCGAUUGUACAUCAUGACGCUGGGCUGUCUCGCGCCCUACCGGAGACUCGGCAUUGGUACAAAGAUGCUGAACCACGUGCUCAACAUCUGCGAGAAGGAUGGCACUUUCGACAACAUUUACCUUCACGUGCAGAUCAGCAACGAGUCGGCCAUCGACUUUUACCAGAAGUUCGGCUUCGAGAUCAUCGAGACCAAGAAGAACUACUACAAGAGGAUAGAACCGGCCGACGCGCACGUCCUGCAGAAGAGCCUGCGCAGCCCGAGCGCGCCGCCCAGCAGAGAGCUUCAGAAGAUGGAGUAGGACGGCCGUGUCGGAGGCGGCGGGCGGGGCCUCGCCCGCUUGUUUUUUUUUUUUGUUUUUUUUUUGGGGGGGGGAGAGAAACCAGCACACCUGACCUGCGGUUAAAAGAACUGUGACAUAGGCCCUCACCCCUACAAAGACACUUUUCAAAGACAAAAUUGGGGAAGGAAAAAAAAAAAAUCAAAAUUACUUGACAAUUGAGUUGCUUUGGACUGUUUUUUUUUUUUUUUAAUCCCCCCCCCACAUUACUCAUGCAGUUAAUUGACAGUGUCCCAAAAAGUACUCCUCCAAUUGACAACUCGAGUGCGGUGUUUGCGAUGCAUAGUUUGUGUUUGACUUGGUUUUGAUUGCAGGUCUAAAAGCUAAAUGGGAGGGGGUGGGGGGCUGUCUUCAAUAGUUAUGGUUUUGAAAUGGUUUAAAAGACCAACCCAUCGCGUUGGCGUGGCCGAACCGGAUCGUUUGCGUGGGUUGAUGGGGCGAGCAGUUGGGCCACGAGGAGCAGUUAACAAGGUGGUGGUGGCGGCGCGCUUAGAAUUCAUUUUUAAACCAAUUUGGCUGUGUUUUUUUUUUUUUUAAAGUUGGUUUUAUUUCACAUUACGGAGGUUAAGUGUUCUCAGAGGUUCUCCUGGGUUUUGCAAAAGAAAAUGGUAUUGAAUGUCAACGCGUUCUUCUCCGGAGUGGGAAUGCGAGAUCUUUUGGGACGGAGCGCGUCUCGGGGUGACACGGCGUAGCCGGUCCUCCCGACGACUUCCCGCCGGGCGUCGACCGCCGGAAGCGGUCCGCUUGCGCGCGUGCUUACACGCGUGUUCCACCCAGAGGAAGCUCUGACUCCGAAUGCAUGCGAGGAGACUUGUGUCCUCUCCAUAUUGUAGUAUAAGCAUGGUUUCUUUCUUUGAAGAGUUUAUCUUUUUCCGGAGCUCUAUAUUGUAUGACUUUUUAAUGGCAAAAUAAAUGAAUAACUAUUUGCAGUAAA